AUGGCACCUCGUGGCUUUACGAAUCCUGCUCCCAAAACUGAGUCUGCUCGCUCUGCUUUGAGCUCGUUUACCUGUACACUCUGCAACAAAUCCUAUUCGCGGCAUCCCGAGUAUGAAGCACAUAUCUCUUCCUACGAUCACCAGCAUCGCAAACGCCUUCAAGAUCUUAAACAACUCUCCCGAGACCCAAACGCUGCGGAGAAGGCUAGGCGAGCGGAAAGGAGGGCUGACGCAGAGGCUGGCCUAAGAGUCAUUGAUACCAAAGCUAGCGCAGCAGUGGGAACCGGGGGCGGGGGUGGCGGAGGUUUCAAGAAAGGGGGGUUCAAGAGCUCCUUUACCACUGUCAAAGGUCCUGUCGUUCCGACAGCACCAACGAAGAAGAACGUACUUGGGGAUGAUGACGACGAAGAUGAAAUACCAGAAUCAACUUAUAUAAGCCAACGUGCUCAGGCUACCCAAGACCCAAGUGAUCAGCCUGAUUACGCCGAAAGUGACACGGAUGCUGAAUACUCAAGUGAUACUAUGGGUAGUGCCUACUAUGAUCCCCUUAAGCCGACGGGCUGCUUCGCUGGCUGUGUCAGCACCAAAAAUAUACCCAUAGGUACUGCUGCGGUCAAGGGGUAG